UAGCUCCAUCAUUAAGAAGCUAUUUUGACCAGUUCAAUUGUCUACAUGAUAUCAUAUUAAUACGUUGCUCAUAAAAGGCUUCUCUUCUUCAUCAUGGAUGCUCAUCAACCCUGGUCUGUGCGCUGUUACACAGGGUUGGGCUGGAACUGAUAAGAUAAGGAUUCCGUUUGUCGUCGACAACACCCACAAACCCCACAGCCUUCAAUCACAGCUCCGUUCCACUCCACUGCAACAUGUUGUUGUUUUUUUGGCAACGGGCAGCGCUAUAUAGCGGUUGAGUGUAAAGCUUAUUUUGUUUCUUAUUUGAACCUAGACACAUUGUUCCGUGAUGGGGGGAAAUGGCCCGCUCGACGCGGGCACACAAACAUGCGCCGAGCGGAACCGCAAACAGCUGAUUGAUGACUUUGGUUCAGUGUUGGAAGAAUCCCUGAUUAUCCUUCUGACUCAGGACUAUGACAUUGAGAAAGACUAUGAUGAGAUCACGAGAGUCCUGAGAGGACUGGCGGAGAGCGCAACCGCGGAAGCGGCCACCGGAUUUGAUCCAUCAGGCCUCGGAUUCAGUGUGCCGGACCUGGAUGAGCCUCGUCUUGACGAUGCGACAACGACAAGCGACAAUCGCAUCUCAGAUGGUUCAGGCGGUGACUACACUGGCACAUCGCCUUCUGACUUUUCAUCUGACUCUCUUGAGAACCAGAUCCUCGUCGACCCGGCAACUUUCACCGAGGACCACAAGAUCGCAGAGCUUCGAGGGAUCUUCAUUGACCGGUUUACCGAGCACACUCUUAGGCGCAUUCUCGGGGAGAAUGGUGGCGACUUGAACCGUACAUUUGACGAUUUGCUCAACCGACAGUUUCUCGAGGACUCGGGCGAUAUCACGAAAGGCAUCGAUGCAUUCUUUGUGGGCGACAAUGUACAGUACCCUCCCAAAGGAAAAGGCAAACGUCGGAAAGGAUUACCAAAGAAGAAUGUGUUGGCAGUAAACUACAAAGCAACGUCGGCAGCAACCGACGGCGAAGAGCUUCACGGCGCAAGAGACUUCAUUCAGCCAUCCUCAGGCCGGGCAACACCAAAGCGCAUACAACCAUAUUCAUUACCGGCCAUCAAUACCAGCUCAUCACCAGCAUCGAAGAAGACUGCGGCAAUUCUAUCACCUACACCUCAAUUGGACUUCGGAACCUCUCACCUGCAUUCAGCAGCCUCGCUUCGGCGCCAAGGACCUCUUGCAAGGCAAGGCGCGGUGGUGUAUGUGGAACGAGCGCGGGAACAGGCCAGUGUAGCGUUCAGACAAGCUUCGGAAUACGCAGAUGAACGUGCUCGACAGCAAAGCACAGCCAUCAUGGUUGAUCUUCACGGGGUUCACGUUCUGGACGGUGUUCGCAUCGCGAGGGAGCAUGUCUGGAGGUGGUGGAACAAUCUCGGAGAAAACCGGGCAGCAGAAGCAAGAGAUCCGGGCUUUACUGUGGUCACUGGUCUUGGGAGGCACUCUGCCGGCGGGGUUUCACGCUUGCGCCAGGCUGUUGGAGCCAUGCUGAAGAAUGACGGAUGGAGGGUUGAGACCUUGACAGGCUCAUUCCAUAUUAGGGGAAGGGUAUGAUUGUUGGAUUGUUACGGCGCUGUGUCGGGAUAUGUGUGCAUACUGGUUUGUCUGGUUGAUAAUAUGGGAGCGGCGUUUGUUGGGAUAUACGGUCAUGAUGAGAUGAACGGGCAUUGUCUGGGUAGUAUAGCGAGGGAACUUUUUGGAGGAGUGAGCUGACAAU